UCUGGUACUAUCUGUUUCCUUUUUAUCCUUAUCUCGUCUGGACGACGUGAGCUGGCUAUAUAGUCUUCUGCUCUGUUCUGUUCUGUCUUACAUUACCCUUUCUUGGCUGUGGUGUUUGGUUUGAUGGUGUCUUGACCUCUCGAUCUGGUCAUUGAAGUUGAUCCCAUCCCAUCCUGUGAGGAAAGGAAGAACAGUAGUUGUGAAAGAUGUAUCUCAGGCCUGGGUUCGUGGUGUUCAUUGUGGGGUGCACGUUGACGAGUCUGUCAACGAUUAUCAUUGCGCUGAGGUAUUACUGUCGGUACUGGCUUAUGGGUACGACGGGGUUGACGGACCAUCUCAUGCUUAUGGCUUUGCUAGUUACGUGGGGAAACACGGUCGUGAAUUACUAUCAAGAUAAGACAAGUAGCUCGUUUCGACCGAGUUUCUUUCGGAUUCCCGAGAAAGCCCCUCAGAUCCAAGCCGCGCUGCAAGGAACGCUCCUGACGUGGUACAUCUAUCGCAUAACCUACAACAUCGGUCUCUGCUUCGUCAAGCUCUCCAUCCUAUUCUUCUACCGCGCCAUCGCAUCCAACGUAACCUUCCGACGCCUAACCUACGCCACCAUCGCCCUCGUAUCCCUCUACACCUUCGGCGUAACCAUCGCCAGCAUCUUCCAAUGCGAGAACCCGGUAGACGCCUGGGACACCACAGCCUACCUCUCGCAAUUCGACGGGAAACCCGGCCGCGCCAAGAGCAAAACCAAAUGCUACGAUCCGAUACGCCUAUGGGUCAUGUCCGCCGCGGUCAACCUCUUCUCCGACGUCGUAAUCCUGCUCCUCCCGAUCCCGACGCUCCUGGGCCUCCGCGUCCCCAUGGACAAGCGCCUCGCGCUCAUCGGCAUCUUCUCCGUCGGCAUCAUGGCCAUCGUUGCGUCCUGCGUCCGCAUGUGGGUCAUGGCGCUGUGGUCCGAGUCGCCGCAGAACUCGGCGCGCUUCGGCGCCGACCUGCUGCUCUGGGGCCAGGUCGAGACGAACAGCGGCAUCAUCUCGUCGUCUAUACCCUUCUUGCGGCUCAUCUUCCGCGGGAGGGGCAACGGAAGCGGUGGGAAGAGUAAGGAGGACGAGAAGCAGCGUAUCGUGCGACCUGGUAUUUCGCCGCCGCAACAGGAGCAGCAGCAAGAUCAACGGCAGGGAAAUCCGGAGUUGAGGAUCGAGCCGGCCGGAAAGGAUGAGGAGAAGGGUGAUCCGAAUGAUAGCCCUGGGUGGAAUCCGUUCAUCACGGUGCCGGCGAGCUUGCAUAGCCAGACGAGCAGUAGGGGGAGUGCACAGUUGGAUGAUGCGGUGAGGCCGCACUUGACGGUCUAAGGUUACGAUUAGGUCAUGUUUGGUUUAUUGAUUGAUCGAUCUACUGG